CAUGUGAUGUGCACUUUCAGAGUACAACAGCUUAGUGAGAGCUCCCCAUUCAUUUCCUCCUGAGUAGCCCAAGAAGGAGGAGGGAAACGACAGAGGGAGAGAGAGAGAGAGAGAGAGACAGAGAGAGAGAGAGGUACAGACAAGAGUCUGACCGCACAGGAAAACAAGACAGAGAGAGAAAGAGAGCUAAAAGGACGCAAUAAGGAUAUCACUUCUUGAUCUCACGCUCCGAGACUUCAGACAAGGAUGUUGAUGCUGGACGGGAUGCCUGUCCUGAGAGUCAGAGCAGAGCCCGUGCAGGUGCAGCGGCGGUCUCCCGAGAUCCGUGGCUAUGCAGACAUGGGCGUGUCGGUGAUGGAAAGAAGGUUCUGGACUCAUUCACCUGAAAAACGUUUUCCGUCAGACCUGUUCCAGAUGCAGACCGAGCCUGUAGACCUUUCCACCAACAGAUCCCGCUCUUCACCAUCAUCAUCGUCAUCAUCGUCAUCAUCAUCAUCAUCACCCUCCUCAUCAUUGCUGCGUUUCUCACCACGCUCCCCUCCAGUCUCAUCCACCAAGUCUCCUUCAUCAUCAUCUUCUUCAUCAUCAUCAUCGUCAUCAUCAUCAUUAUCGUCAUUAUCGCUGCCCUCAAACUCGCCUCCGUCCGUCAUAACUCCUGUGCCGCGAUUAAAGAUGUCUCCAUCAAGGGUGGCGUCUCCACCCUCCAUCGCUCGCAGGGGGCAGCCGUUCCUGCACAUGCCCCAUGUCAUGUCACCGUGCCCUAGCCCCAUCCACCUGCACCCCCGCAGAGUCCCCGUGGUGGUACAAUCUGUGCCGCUGGUGUACGCCAGGGUUGGCUCACUGGGACCUGGAGGUCUCAUGGCACCCAUGCUGGAAGAAAGCAGGAUACAUGGAAAAGUCACACACAGAGUACCAGAUGGACCAUCUCCACGGCGAUCUUUGAGUGACAGCGAGGACGAUGACCUGCCCAAUGUAACAUUGGACAGCGUGAACGAGACCGGCUCUACCGCCCUGACCAUCGCUCGUGCUGUACAGGACUCCAUGUUGCCGUUCAGCAUCGAGAGCAUGCGAAGGUCGAGGCGGCCCGAGUCUCCUGACACCAAGAGGAGACGCAUCCACCGCUGUGAGUUCGAGGGCUGCAGUAAAGUUUACACCAAGAGCUCCCACCUCAAAGCCCACAGGAGGACACACACCGGUGAGAAGCCGUAUAAGUGCACGUGGGACGGCUGUGCGUGGAAGUUUGCGCGCUCAGACGAGCUCACACGUCACUACCGCAAGCACACGGGGGUCAAGCCAUUCAAGUGUGGCAACUGUGAGCGCAGCUUCUCUCGCUCAGACCACCUGGCACUCCACCGCCGCCGCCACAUCCAGGUGUGAAGACACACACACACACACACACACACACAUGGAUGGACCAGUUUUAGGGGGCCAGAGUCAGGAUGUUGCUCGGGAAAGGCUGGACCUUUCCCUGAAUGUGCUCAUGGUAUUAGGAAAGUUAAUAAAGUCAUGAAUGAAGAGUAGGAAUGCUGAUCAGUUUUUACUGUUUAUAUCCUGAAGAAUACAUUUAUAUCUGUAUCUAUCUAUAUCUAUAUCUGUAAGGAGCUGAUCUUGCUGAUCAUGCACUCAUAUUCUAAGAUAUUACAAAGACUUACAAAGUAUGAAGGAGAACAGAGAGAGAGAGAGAGAGAGAGAGAGAUUAUCAAAUAAUACCAGCGCAUAUUGCAGGGCAUGUCAAUCAUAAUCAGCAUUUGUAUGUAAUUUCAUUGCAGUUUUAAAACCCAGUUUAAGAAUAUUACACCAGUUUGUUUCAGCCAGUAAGAAACUUUAAUGUAAAUCGCUGUAUUUUUUUUUCUGACUGUAUCAACGUCAGUCGUGAACUGUGAAAAAAAACAAGGGCAGAGAUACAAAAUCAGAUCACCUCUCCAAACUAUUUCUUUGUUUCUCAUCAACGUAUGAGGACCAGAUUGUGUCAUUUUUUUUUUUCUGGAGAUUUCAUUCAAAUCAAAAACACAAAUGGAUAAUUAACAGGGUAUAAACCUCAAUGUGAACGAGCAAACGCUAUUCCAUCCACUAAAUGUCAUUUUCUAAAAAAAAAAAAAAAAAAAAAAUCAGUGAUUUAUUUCCUGAUGAAAAAAAAUGAAACUUUGCACACCUUUGAUAUGGAGUGAGUGUUCACACAGAUUAGACAUGAGGUCAUAACAAUCCUUUUAAUGCUAUAUUAUUAUUAUUAUUAUUGUUAUUAUUAUUAUUAUUAUUAUUAUUAUUAUUGAAUCCAUGUACUGUGUUGCCUGAGAGAGAGAGAGAGAGAGAGAGAGAGAGAGAGAGAGAUUCAUUUUCAUUUAAACUGCAUAAUUUGUGCACAAACAUAGUGUAGCAGAUGUCUGUACAUUUAAAAAAAAAUAUCAUGCUCUGUAUGUGCAUUUCAUGUCAUGUCAUGUAUUUGUUCAGUAUUUUUAUUGCACCCUUUUUUGAAAGUAUGUGAUGUCACCAUUUAUAUAUAAGUGUUGUAUAGAGAAGCCCGAUGACCGAUAAUCGAAAGCGUCAUAGGGAUCUUCCUUUAACCUUUAAUCCUGUUUCUCAAUUAUGUAUUUGUAAAUGAUGUUAUUGUAUACAUUUCCCUUUUUUAUAUGGAUUGACUGUGAAUUUAUACAUAAAUAUAUAUAUAUGUUUAAUGGAUUGAAUGAAGGCAUGAAUAAAAAGUCACUUAACACUUUAA